AAAGCUUAAUGCAGAAAAGAGAGAAAACCUCGACUUUCCAUAUUAGCAGCUCAGCCUUCUCAGCUUUUUACAGGGUUCCAGACUGCUUGCAUUGCUCUCAUCAAGCUAAGCAUUCUAUUUUUCUUUCCAAAGAAUUCCUUUUUUUUUUUUUUUAAAUAAAUAUAUAUUUUAUUUUUUUCCCUAAUCAGAUCUAGACCGUUUCACAAGUAACGAAUUCGCCAACUCACCACCUAACCUUAAAAUUUGAAUUUCUGCAAAAGCAACAACAAUAGCGAAAGCAGAAGAAGCAGAAGCUGAAUUCUGUUUUAGCAAAACGGAAAACAGAAACCCCUUUUCUUUUUUCUUCUCCCUCGACCCCUAAACCACCAAAACUAGCUUGGUUUUUUUACUAUCUAUCUGUGUAAGUUUCGUUGUUCGUCUUAACAACCUUUGCACUCUCUUUUAACCAAGCUUGUCACUGAGUUUUUUUUUUUGGUUCGUGCAACGGCGGAAACAGAAACAACCACAACAUUUCCUUUUUUCUUCUCUACCUGUCCUGCAAUUUUUAACCAUAGAGUUCUGUAAUUCUUAUCGUAAUUCGUUUUUUCGGGGACUGGUUUGGAGAGGCAGCGUAGCGUGGCGUCGCGUCCAUUGAGACACCAUUUUUUUGGGGUUAUGAAAUUGGUUUUGUAAUUGAAGGAAUAAAUUGCAAUAAAAAUGAUGUUGUCUGCGUCACCGGCAGCGGUGGCAAGGAGCUCAUUGGAGGAGAUGCUGGACUCGCUGCGGCAGCGAGAUGAGGCCUUGGAGAAGUCCAAAGACCUGCCGCCUGCUUUGCCAGCUCGGCCCACCUCAAGGGCACGACUUCCCUCUGCGCGGCACUCACUGCCCACAGACUUCAAGGUAGAUGCCAAUGGCCAACUGGAGAGCAAAGUGGAAAUUGAAAUUAAUAAAGGAAAGGAGGAUACAAAGAGGAAGGGGAAGCAAUUAGGGUGCAAGACAGGAAGUUUUGGAAGCAAGAAGAUGAAGAAAGAUCAGAAUUGUGUGGAUUCAAAUCCUUAUGCAGAGGAGAAGAACAAGCCAGCAAAGGGGCCUGUUAUUAGUUCAAUGCCAAACAUAGAAGAGCCAGAGUGGGAUGGCAACAUUGGUUAUUUUAUCAAGAAGAAACUACGUAUCUGGUGUCAGCUCCCAAAUGGUCGUUGGGGUUCAGGAAAUAUACAAUCAACUUCUAGGGAUGAAGCAGUUGUUUCGUUUUCAGCUGGAAAUUUUGUAAAGGUGUCUACAGCAGACCUCUUGCCUGCAAACCCAGAUAUCCUUGAAGGCGUAGAUGAUCUUAUAAAGCUUAGUUAUUUGAAUGAGCCAUCAGUUCUUUACAAUCUUAAAUAUCGAUAUUCUCAGGAUAAGAUUUAUAGCAAAGCAGGGCCAGUUUUAAUUGCCAUAAAUCCCUUCAAAGCUGUUCCAUUUUAUGGAAAUGAAGUUGCCAAAGCAUACAAGCAGAAGCUUAUGGAUAGUCCUCAUGUUUAUGCUAUAGUGGACACUGCUUACAAUGAGAUGAUGAGAGAUGAAAAAAACCAAUCCAUAAUCAUAAGUGGUGAAAGUGGAGCUGGGAAAACUGAGACAGCAAAGCAUGCAAUGCAAUACUUGGCAACUCUGGGUGGUGGCACUAGUGGCAUAGAGCAUGAGAUUCUUCAGACCAACUGCAUACUUGAAGCAUUCGGAAAUGCAAAAACAUCCAGGAAUGGCAACUCCAGUAGAUUUGGGAAGCUGAUUGAGAUUCAUUUCAGCAUAAUGGGGAAGAUAUGUGGUGCUAAAAUUCAGACUUUUCUGCUAGAAAAGUCAAGAGUAGUUCAGCUGGCCAAGGGUGAAAGAUCAUACCAUAUAUUUUACCAACUUUGUGCUGGUGCUCCAUCAAUUCUUAGAGAGAGAUUGAACGUUAAAAUGGCUAGCGAGUACAACUAUCUUAACCAGAGUGAGUGCUUGGUAAUUGAUGGUGUCAAUGAUGCCCUGAACUUUCAUAAGCUUAUGGAAGCCUUAGACAUUAUUCAAAUUUACAAAGCUGAUCAGGAGCAGAUAUUUUCAAUGCUUGCUGCAAUAUUAUGGCUUGGAAACAUAUCAUUUCAAGUGAUUGACAACGAAAAUCAUGUGGAGGUGUUGGCUGAUGAAGCUAUAGCAACUGCUGGCAGGCUGAUGGGUUGUAAUAUCCAGGACUUGACACUUGCUUUAUCAACCCAUAAAAUUCGAUGUGGAAAGGAUGAUAUUGUUAAAAAAUUGACAUUCCGGCAGGCAAUUGAUAGAAGAGAUGCAUUGGCAAAGUUUAUCUAUGCAAGCUUGUUUGAUUGGCUUAUGGAUCAAAUCAACAAGUCACUUGAAGUGGGCAAAAUGUGUACUGGGAGAUCCAUAAAUAUCCUUGAUAUUUAUGGUUUUGAGUCAUUUAAGAAUAAUAGCUUUGAACAAUUUUGCAUAAAUUAUGCAAAUGAAAGGCUGCAGCAGCAUUUCAACAGGCAUCUAUUUAAACUUGAACAGGAGGAUUAUGAAGGGGAUGGGAUUGAUUGGACUAAAGUUGAUUUUGCUGACAACCAAGAAUGCUUAAACCUCUUUGAGAAGAAACCUUUGGGGUUACUAUCUUUGUUGGAUGAGGAAUCAAAUUUCCCCAAUGCCACUGAUUUGACUUUUGCCAAUAAGCUUAAGCAGCACUUGAGCAGUAGUCCUCACUUUAAAACUGAAAGAGGGAGGGCUUUUGCCAUUCAUCAUUAUGCUGGAGAGGUUGUAUAUGAUACAAAUGGCUUUCUGGAAAAGAACAGAGAUCCACUGCACUCUGAUUUCUUGCAACUACUAUCAUCAUGCAGUUGCCAAUUGCCGCAGUUGUUUGUCUCCAGAAUGUCUAAUCAAUCCCAGUAUCUGAAAUUUACAAGUUCAUUAUGCCAAUCUGGUGGAUUGGAAUCCUCAACGCAAAGUGUUGGUACUAAGUUCAAGGGCCAACUAUUCAAACUAAUGCGCCAGCUGGAGAAUACCACAUCUCACUUCAUUCGCUGCAUAAAACCAAAUACUAAGCAGCUUCCUGGAGUCUAUGAAGACGAUCUUGUCUUACAACAACUUCGAUGUUGUGGAGUUUUGGAGGUGGUUAGGAUUUCGAGAUCUGGGUAUCCUACUCGAAUAACUCAUCAAGACUUCGCACGAAGGUAUGGCUUCCUACUCUGGGAGACAAAUGUAUCUCAGGAUCCAUUAAGCAUAUCAGUUGCUGUUCUACAACAAUUCAAUGCAGCGCCUGAAACGUAUCAAGUUGGUUAUACCAAAGUGUUUCUUCGAACGGGCCAGAUUGCUAAAUUGGAGGAGCAGAGAAAGCAAGUUCUGCAAGGCAUACUUGGGCUCCAAAAAUGUUUCCGUGGCUUCCUAGCUCGUCGUGAUCUAAAUGAAGUGAAAAAAGGAGCGACAAUAUUACAGUCAUUUGUCCGUGGUGAAAAUGCCCGAAGGAAGUAUAAAUGUAUGCCAAAGAGUUGCACAGUUAGUGCUUCCCUCACAGUUGAUAUUGAUAAUCACCUGGUGGCAAUUAUAUACUUACAGUCUGCAAUCCGUGGUUGGUUGGCUCAGAAGCAAUUACGUGACAAGUAUAAAUUGAAGAACUUAAGUCAUGAGAAUCCAAAUUCUAAACGAAAGCUAGGAAAAAAGAUUUCAGAAGUGAAGGUCAUACCACAAGAGCAAGUUGAGAUUCAGACUUCGAUUUUGGCAGAACUUCAAAGGAGGGUCACUAAAGCAGAAGUAGCUCUAGUGCAAAAGGAAGAGGAAAAUGCUGCAUUGCGGGAGCAAUUACAACUGUUUGAAAGACGAUGGGCAGAAUAUGAGGGAAAGAUGAAAACAAUGGAAGAAACAUGGCAAAUGCAGAUGGAAUCAUUGCAAACAAGCCUGGUUGCAGCCAGAAAAAGUCUUGCUGCUGAUAACACUACUGGUCAACAUGGAAGACUUGAUUCUUUUGCAUCACCUCGGUAUUAUGAUUCUGAGGAUAAUGUUUCCUCAGGACUUCGAACUCCUGGUGGAAGCACACCCAACAAAAUGUCUCUUGCCAUUCAUGAUGGAAGAGUAGGGAGAGAGACUAAUGGCUCUAUAAAUGCAAUCAGCAUUCUUGCAAAGGAAUUUGAGCAACAGAGACAAAAUUUUGAUGAUAAUGCCAAAGCACUAGCUGAGGUUAAAGCAGCACAACCUGCUUCUUCUGAUGCAGAACUUAGAAAACUGAAAUUAAGAUUCGAGACAUGGAAGAAAGACUACAAGGUAAGAUUACGAGAGACAAAGGCGAGGCUUAACAAACUUGGGCAUGGAGAAAUUGAAAGAAGAACUCGAAAAUGGUGGGGAAAGAUAGGGUCAAAAGGAUUUCAACGUUCUUCCCAUACAUGAUUAUCAUUUUUCACUUGGGGUGGGAAUGGGAAUGGGGAGAUAAGGGGUGGAGGCAGCUCAAGGAAUGCAUGAGAAAUGAUGUUACGAAAUCAUCACUUACUUUCCCCAUUGUGAAGCGGUUGCAUUGCUUUUGAAAGCUCCCGCAAUUGAUCCAUGUUGUGAAGGUAGCUUAGUAAGAGAAAAUGUAUUUAUGUAUCCACCAAAUUGUAGAUCGAUGAAGGAUUGAUGAUCAUGUAUAGUUAGGUUUGUCCGAGAGAUUUCUGCCGCACUCUCUCUCUCUCUCUCUCUCUCUCUCUCUCUCUCUCUCUCUCUCUCUCUUCAUACUAGGCUAGGCAAUUUGUAUAUAUUCUGUUGUCAUAGAUGUAAUGAGACAUACUUGGUAGUCCACCAAGCAUGCAAAUGUGAAAUGAAAUUGUAGUACCAAGCAUACGGUUUGGAGAACGAUUGUAGCAAUGUUAAAAUUGAUGCCAUAUAAUGAUUCCAGAUA